UUCCUGAGAGUAGGCCUCCACCACUGAUUGGCACUGCUCCCAGCCCUGCCUCAGUUGCCUGGCAACAACUCCGCGUCUCUAGCUGAGAAUACACUAUGGCAGGUGGCAGUCCAACAGCUAAGAGGAUAGUGGUAUACCGGAAUGGAGACCCUUUCUCCCCAGGCCGCCAGCUGGUGGUGACUCAACGCCGCUUCCCCACCCUGGAGACCUUCUUCAGUGAGGUGACAUCGGCUGUGCAGGCCCCACUGGCUGUGCGUGCCCUCUAUACGCCUUGUCAUGGCCACCCCGUCACUGACCUGGCUGAUCUGCAGAACGGAGGGCAGUAUGUGGCUGCUGGCUUCGAACAAUUCCGCAAGCUCCACUAUUUACCUCCUGGAGGGAAGGAACCGGGUAGGAAAAGCAGCAGACUACCAGGUCCUCCUAUGACUCAGCACCCGUGUGAUGAGGGCCUUGGACGGCGGCUACCUGCAGGUUCCACCUGCUAUAUCCAUGUGUUCAGGAAUGGGGACCUGUUAAGUCCCCCAUUUAGCCUGAAGCUGUCCCAGGCUGCCAGCGAGGACUGGGAAACAGUGUUGAAGCUCCUGACCAAAAAGGCCAAAUUACAGAGCGGGGCUGUAUGCAAACUCUGCACCCUGGAGGGGCUUCCACUGUCAGCAAGGGAGGCUCUGGUGAGUGGUCAUUACUAUGUGGCUGUUGGAGAGGAAGAGUUCAAGGCCCUCCCCUAUGUGGAGCUGCUGGUGCCUAGCCCCUCACUCCCUAGGGGCUGCUGGCAUCCCCCAGACCCAAAGUCUGGGCUCUACAAGCAAAGGGCCCAUGGCUACAGGGCACAGGCAAACCAGCCCUCUCCAAAGGAACCAAGCCAAAAUGAGCCAUCUGUUUUCUAUGCCAGACCCCAUCAGUCCAUUCAGCCAAGAAUCAUGCUCCCUACUCUCUCAUUUCCAUCAGGAGUCAAGGGAGUCUAUGGGGCUCCGCAUCCAAGGAAGGAGACAGCAGGGGCCCAGGAAGUAGCAGAUGAUGAAGACACCUGGACGGAGGAACCCUUGGAUCAGAGGGCAGCACAGAUAGUGGAAGAGGCCCUGUCCCUGGAAAAUCAGCCUGGGCCUGAAGCAGCUAUCUCAGCCUCAGCCCCUGCUCUGCCAUCUUGAGAGCCAGCAGCUCCAGCCAGGAACUGGGGACCACCACUCUGCAGCCAUUUUUUAUCCUCAGCCUCCAGCAGCCUGUUCUAGAAGAACCAGCACCUCCCCUGGGCUUGCAGGGUAUGACUCUCCCCAGAUUCUCCCCUCAGACUCUUCCCGCUCUUCUCCUAAACCCACGGUCACAGAAGCCAUUUCCUCUCUGGGGAAAGUAGCUCUAGCCACUGAGGCCAUUUCCUUAUGGGUUCUCUGGCUAGAGAAAGGAGUAGCCAACUGAGCUUGGGGGAUAGACUUCAAACUUGGGAGUGGGUCUGUCACAAUAAAAGAAUAUUUACGAA